AUGGCCAGCGAGCCGGACUCCAACCACAAUGCUACUAACCCGCAGAACGCGUCGAUGGCUCCUCACCCCAACCCCCCCAGCAUCGAAGCUGCCUACAAGCGGAAAUGCAUCGCGUUGAAGAAACGGUUGAACGAAGUGGAAGCCCACAACGAGGCGAUGCGUCUACGAAAUGCGCAGGGCAUCAGGUACAUUCAGAAAAUGCGCCUGGAAUCAUGCAUACUGCUAGAACGGCUUUCUGUUCUGAUGGGGAUGGCCGAUGGUAGCGGCAGAGGGGAAUCGGAAGUUACUAGCCGCGCGAUGGCGCUGGUGAACGAGUCCGGCAGUAUGGUUGAUGAAGAACACUCGAAGAGCCGGUCGAAGAGAGCUGGUGAGGAUCUGGAUGCGCUGGGAGACGAGAGUGACGGUAGCUCCGGUCAUCCACCUACACCGCAGGAACGUCCAUUACGAUUAAAAAAGAGCCGCAAAAGCGAUGAACGGCCUGCGACUCAGAGCAUCGGUGACAGCACCAACGACACCAGCAACAACAAUGUGAACCCACUCCAACUGAUGCACCACAAUCAUCCAUCUCUCGACCAGCUGACUCAUACAACACAGGCCGAUCAGCACCACAGUAGCAGCGGCGCGAACCCACAGACAAACGACCUUAGCAGCUUCCCUCCCGCCACAUCGGGCCGUGAGCUCCCACAUCGUUACGUAUCUGCCUUUGAGGCCUUCACUAACCAUAAGAGAGAGAGUUUAACCGAAGCCCUGAUCCGGUCGUACGGCCAGAGAAUUACCGACGAGGACAUCGAUCGCGUGUUGGUCCAGGAGUGGGAUGCUCUGGAUCCAUCUAAGAAACGGGAAUUCGGAGAAAGACUUGAAAAGGAUAAUGGUGCCUGA